AUGAGUACUGAUAUUCCCUCUACUGGCAAAGUGGCUGUAUGUAUUGAUACCCAACAUGUCGAAGUUGAAGAGCGCCCCGUGCCAACACCAAAUGACUCGGAGGUUGUGGUAUUGAUUGAAGCGACCGGUAUCUGCGCGACAGACUUACAUCUCGUGAGACGGAGUAUUCCUUACCUUCAACGGGAGGUCGACGUCUGUGGUCAUGAGGGUGUUGGGCGUAUUGUUGCUCUCGGGCCGGAUGUAGAUACUUUAGAGUGGCGCUUGGGAGACCGAGUCGCUCAUCGAUGGAUUUUUGAUGUCUGCCGAAAUUGCGAGAUGUGCCAGGAAGGGAACGAGCAGCUAUGCGACUCGAGAAAGCUUAAAUACACAAUCGUCAAUUCGAAGUAUCUCAUGCGCAUUCCUGAAGAUAUCUCUGCAACUGAAGCCGCGCCGACCUUGUGUGCUGGCACAACGGCAUAUAGAGCUAUUCGUACUACCGGCCUCACUUCUGGGCAGUGGAUAGCAAUCAUUGGAGCUGGAGGCGGGCUGGGCCAUUUGGCAAUACAAUACGCCAAAGCGAGCGGGCUGCGGGUUCUUGGAAUUGACACAGGCCCAAGUAAACGGGAGUUGUCUUGCAAAUUGGGGGUCACUUCAUACAUUGAUUUCAUGGAGACACCAGAUCUCACAGCAGAUGUCAUCCGUGUUACUGAUGGAGGUCCUCAUGGAGUAAUUGUGGUUAGCUCUAGUAGUAGGGCUUAUGAACAGGCCCUGAAAUACGUCCGGAAAAUGGGAAUCAUAGUCUGCAUUGGGAUCACACCAAACAAGAUGCACUUCCCUAUCGGUCCUGAAUAUUUCGUGGCUCGUGGCGUACGCCUUACUGGCAGUAGCACAGGAACGAUGGAGGAUACGCGCGAAGCACUGCAGUAUGUACGCGAUGGUCGAGUCAAACCUAUGAUUGUUAAGGUGCGAUUGGAGGCCAUCGGGGCGUGUCUGCAGGCACUCGAGAGAGGAGAGGCCGACGGUCGAUUUGUGGUCAAAUUUUGA